GCCUCACAUCACAGCCCAAACCGACCUGUUUUGCAGCGACGGACGAUCCGACAAUUUCUUCACUUUCCGGCCAUCGCCCGACGUCGCACUAGCGCCUUUAGCUUCCUCUCCGUGGCUCGAAGCAGUGCCUGGUCCUUCCUUCUCCGAACUAGCAGCGACGGGGGCAGGACAAAGCCCGAAAGAUUCUCCGGCUACGGCUGCAAGCGAGACUGGUGGCGGUAACUUUGUCUUGGCGAGGUGAAGAAGCCUGUAGUAUUUUAUUUUCCAUUCGUCAACCUGGGAGAGAGAAUUAAGGAUUUGAAGUUUGUGAGUUUUCCGGCCAUUUACUGUGUUUUCCGGCGACGUUGGGUUUCAGCUCAGGUAUAAAAGUUGGUCGACUUGAUGAGCUCUACAUGAUUGUGUAUUUGAUUUUUCAAUUUUAAUUGGGUUUGCAAGAAUUAGAAUUUUGAGGUGUUGAGGCUGCUUCGGGUUCACGGUUUGCAGCGGUGGUUUUAGUCUUCGUCGGUCAAUUUCCGACCUUAAUACGACCCUCUAAACAUUACAUGAUCUUUGUUAUACCCAAGUUCAAGUUUUGGUUAGGAUUGAAAUUUGGAGUUCGUGCGUGUUCAUUGGUCUUUUCAAGGAUUGAUGACAUAUGUUUCGACGAAGUGAGCAUGAUUUAGAUAUUUUGUAUUUUACCAAGUGAGGAUGAAAUCUAUAUUGGUAUUACCUUUAGCCCUUGGAAGAGGGAGUUGGAUUUUGGCCUUGAGUAAAAUUUGUUCACCCAAACAAGAUUUCUUCCGCAAAUAAUAUUCCAGAGUGUGUAUCUAGUUGUAUCUGUUCUAAGUUCAUUGAAAAAUAAGGACCUGCAAACAAUAAGCUCUACAGCGGUUUCGAGUUGCCUGUCCAGAAGAUACCACUUCCACUUUCGUCUCACAGACUUCCACAUACAUACCACAGACCAUCUCUCCAUUUUCUCUGUCAUUUUAACUGUUUGGGUUCUGUAUUAUGUUGAAAUGAAACGGAUAGGCCUGCACUGCUAGCCAUCUAAGCUCAAAUUGUGCAUGAUUGCUUAGAGCUCGCGGAACGACUCCAUCCAUUUUCGUUUGUGGCACCUGCAGUUGGUGACAUUGUCAGAGAAUUGCUAUGUUCGAACCCAGGCCCAAAAGUUGGCAGGUUUCAUGCCUCCACAGAUGGGAAAUCUAAGCUUUUCGGAGGAACCACACAUCAAAAAUAGUAGCUUCAGUCAUUAAGUUCCUUCUGAAAUUCAACAUUUUCAUGCUGCGCGUAUUGGAGGUAUUACGUCUAGACAAUAACCCACUCUGGUAAUCUUCAGUCAUCAUUCUCAACCUCGGAAACAAUAUGCUGGUACGGAAUAUGUCAUUUGGAAACCGGCUCCCUACCUGAGCUUUGAAUACUUGUUUUACAAGAUAAUUCCUUCCUGGGGAUCGAGCCUCUUUAGUCUGAAAUGUUUGAUGCAUAUAGGAACAGCUUGUAGAGUUGUAGGGAGUAUUCCUAGGCUCCUAGUUCUCUAGGCCAGUUGAAAGAUCAACCAUUAGGCUUUACUUUGUUCUUUGGCACUCUCCCUCCCUCCGUCUAUAACCUCUCUUUAGACUUGGGAAAUACCCAGCUUGUCAAUAUGUUUGAACUUGCUCACAAACUGUUUCAAUAGUUCCCUGCUUCAAGUCAUAUGAUAGCUGACAUUUAUGACUUUCACAUCCUUUACGUUCAACAAACUUAUUGUAACCAUACAAUACACACUAAGAACAGUUCUUUGGAAAACGAGAGUCGUCUCUAGUUGGAAGCAAGCGAGUUAAGUCGGUCUUCUUUUGGAAGAAUGCAACGAAUCAAUCAACAGUGGUUCUCCAUCCCUUCGAAUCCAUGCAAUUGAACCAUCCGAGACUCGAAGGGAAUGAGACGGAUAGGCUGGCAUUGCUAGCAAUCAAAGCUCAAAUACAACACGAUCCGAACCGGGUCACAAGCUCAUGGAAUGAAACCCUUCACUUUUGCCUGUGGCACGGCGUCACCUGCAGUCGACGACAUCGCCAAAGGGUGACAAAGCUGGAGCUGGGGCCUCUAGCGUUGGUGGGAUCCAUAUCUCCACACAUAGGAAAUCUAAGCUUCUUAAGGGAGCUAAAUCUCAAGAACAAUAGCUUCACUCAUCAAAUCCCUCCUCAAAUUGGGCAUUUGCAUAGACUGCAGGUAUUGCAUCUACACAAUAACUCAUUUACUGGCACCAUUCCCGCCAAUAUAUCCAAUUGCUUCAAACUCUUAUCUCUCUUUCUUAGUAGAAACAAUCUAGUGGGUAAAAUUCCUCCCAAAUUGAGUUCCUUGUCAAAGCUUCAGAAUUUUACUGUGCAAUUCAACAAUCUAACAGGGGAGAUCCCUCCUUCUUUGGGGAACCUUUCUUCUCUCGAGGCAUUUUCUACACUUUCUAAUAACUUAGAAGGAAGCAUUCCUAGUUCUCUAUGCCAGUUGAGAAAAUUAACAAUUUUUUCAAUUGCCAAAAAUAGGUUGUCUGGUAUCAUCCCUUCCUGCAUGUAUAAUCUCUCUGGUAUAAUUCAAUUCGAGGUAUCAGUAAACCAAAUUCAAGGAAGUCUUCCACCAAACUUGAGCAAUGGUUUUCCUAACCUUCAAAUCUUUUCUAUUUUCCAAAAUCAAUUUACCGGGGCCAUUCCUUGGUCAAUAUCCAAUGCAACAAAUCUUGUGUCGUUUCUAUGUUCAUCAAACAAACUCACUGGACAAGUGCCAAAUUUUCGAAAUCUUCAUAACCUUAUGGUGGUCGGUUUCUAUGAUAAUAAUCUUGGAAGCGGUAAAAAUGGUGACUUGAGUUUUGUCUCAGAACUGAUCAAUGCCACACAACUUUCUCGGUUGUCCUUCGAUAACAAUAAUUUUGGAGGAACGUUGCCCACAUCAGUAUUCAAUCUCUCAGCCAAUCUCUUAGGCCUUUCACUUGGAGGAAACCACCUACAGGGAAGCAUCCCACCUGGGUUAGGGAAUCUUGUGAACUUGUUAGCACUGAGUAUGGAGGCAAACAACUUCACAGGUAGCAUCCCCACAGAUAUUGGGAAAGCUUCAAGGCUUGUGGAAAUUUAUCUUCAUGGCAACAAAUUAUCAGGGAGCAUUCCAUCUUCUCUUGGAAAUUUAACAAAGUUAAACAUUCUCUACUUGCAAGGAAAUAAUCUCAAUGGCAGCAUCCCUUCAAUCCUAGGAGAAUGUCACGAGUUGAUAGAGUUGGAUCUUUCCCAAAAUAACUUAGAGCAAAGAAUACCUCAGCAAUUACUUAUUGGUCUUCUCUUUUUAUCAAUUUCUUUAAACUUGUCAACAAACCACUUUACUGGUUCCCUUCCCGUUGAGAUUGGAAAGUUGAAGAAUCUAGCUGCACUCGACGUUUCUGACAACAUGUUAUCAGGACAACUUCCUAGUAGCCUCGGUAGUUGUGAGAGUUUGGACGUCCUACACUUGCAAGGCAACUUCUUAGAAGGGCUCAUUCCUUCAUCUAUGAAGGAAUUGAGAGGGAUUCGAGAUUUAGACCUUUCCCUCAACAACUUGUCAGGAGAUGUUCCACAGUUCUUCGAGGGCUUUGGAAGUUUGGUAAAUCUGAACCUAUCCUUCAAUCAAUUUUCGGGAGCAGUACCAACUGGUGGUGUUUUUAAGACUGCAAGUGCCACUUCAGUUGUUGGAAACGCUAGACUUUGCGGCGGUAUUGCUAAUCUUCGACUUCCUGUAUGCAAGUCUAAUGGAGGAGGAUUGUCUCGUAGAAUGAAAGUAAUGAUCUCUUUAGUCUCCGGAUUCACUCUUUUCGGAUUGACUAUAGUGCUGUCUUUUUUCUUUCUUCGUAAGAAAAGGAAAGAAACUAAAUUAAGCACUUUGGGGAACCCUGUUUUGCAAGUUUCAUAUGCUACACUCCUCAAAGCUACUGACGGGUUCUCUUCAGCUAAUUUGAUUGGUGUGGGUGCUUUUGGGUCUGUGUACAAAGGAAUUCUUGCUGAUGAUAGAGUUGUUGUCGCUGUGAAGGUGCUUAACAUGUUACACCGGGGAGCAUCUAAGAGUUUCAUGGCGGAAUGUGAGGCGUUGAGAAAUAUUAGACAUCGAAAUCUGAUCAAGAUCUUAACUGCAUGUUCAAGUAGAUUCGGAGGCAAUGAUUUCAUGGCUCUUGUUUACGAGUUCAUGGACAACGGGAGCUUGGAGGAGUGGUUGCAUCCAUCAACUGGAUCUGGAGAGGUAACAGAAGCACCCAAAAUUUUAAGUCUUAUUCAGAGGAUCGACAUUGCAAUUGAUGUUGCUAGUGCAUUGGAUUAUCUUCACAACCAUUGUGAAACACCGAUCAUUCAUUGUGAUGUCAAGCCAAGUAAUGUUCUCUUGGAUGGUGACCUGACUGGACGUGUUUCUGACUUUGGGCUGUCAAAGUUUCUCUCAGAACCAACCAUGAGUGUUUCUGGAAAUCAAUCGAGCUCUAUUGGACUUAGAGGAUCAAUUGGUCAUGCUGCACCAGAGUAUGGUAUGGGAAGUGAGGUAUCAACACAUGGGGAUGUCUACAGCUUUGGCAUUCUCUUGUUAGAAAUGUUUACAGGAAAGAGACCCACUGAUCACAUGUUCAAUGACGGCUUGAAUCUUCAUAAUUAUGUGAAGACAGCUCUCCCUGAACUUGUCUCCGAGAUUUCAAUAUCACUAGUUCUUCAAGAAGGCACCACCAAUGUCGCUGAAGCUCACAGGCAUAGCCGAUUGAGUGUGAGAGCACAAAAAAUUGAAGAGUGCUUGACUUUGAUACUUGGUAUAGGAAUUGCAUGUUCUGUUGAAUCCCCCACAAACAGAAAGGAUAUCAAUGAUGUUGCAUCUGAAUUGCAAUCCAUUAAGCGCAAUCUUCUCGGCUAGAACCUUUCAAAUUAUUAAUGUUUUAUGAUGGCUAAUAAAUUGUUGUAUGGAUCUUGUAUUCUGAUCCGUUUUGUUUUUGAAUUGUCUCUCUAAGUCUUGUUGCUACCAUUUAUGGUGGUUCUUGAAAUUUGCAUGUUAAUGUACUAAAAAGAAUAAAAAAUAGUACUAAUACUUAAUGUGUAAAUCUGUAAUCCUAAAUUGAAUCAAUGAAUCAAGUUAGAGGUGUCAUCAGCU